CAAAAUCGUGGUAUCAAUAUUCGGUUGGCUCUUAACCUAACUGAAGUUCACAAUAUCUCCUUUUUCCUAACAUUUUUGUUGUAAAAUUUAUGAGAGAUGGAUAAAAACGUUAAAGUUAAUAAUACAGUUUCCAUUUUAACAUGAUUAAGAAAUAAUUAGCUUUCGUAAGAGAUCAAAAGAAUCAAACAAUACUUAAAUUACAAAGACAAUUCUUUUUAAUUCGAUCAUAUCUUUCAAAAUUCGGCUUUUGCUUUCGUUACUUCGUUCUGUCAAACGAAAAUGGAUGGAACCGCCCAACGUUGAAUUUACGUUGAACAGUAAACAAUUGUUUAUUUAUUUAUUCCUUCUACAGCAUGUAGAACUACGUCUUGAGCACAUUGCAAACGCUGUAUCCGGGACAAUUUUUACGUUCAUUUAAGCACUAUGCUACUUCGCACUGGACCCAAUAUUGUUUUACUUCUUGCGCUACUUGUAAGCUUCUCCUCCAUCCUGCUGUCGUCCUCCGUCGGUGCUGAAAGAUGGUGUGCAAAUAAUCCCAAAGAUACCAUAUUCCGGCGGCUUGGUACCAAAACUCCGUACCGCCACGUACAGAACAAGGAUGUACGCAGCAUAGCCACCGUGAACGGCUGCACUGUCAGCAAGAUAUGGGGCCUGUUUCGCCACGGUACGCGAAACCCAUCGAAAAGUAUCAUCGAUCACAUGCGCACCACACUUCCGGAACUGCAGCGGGACAUACUGGAACAUGGCCAUAUAUGCCGGGAUCAGCUAGAGCUGUUCGAACGCUGGCAGCCCCGGGUUACAGUCGAAGACGCAAAGCUACUCGUGCGCGAAGGAGGCGACGAACUGUUCCAGCUAGGACAAAGGAUACGUAAACGGUUCGGGACGCACAUUCCGGAACGGUAUGAUGAACAAGAUUUCCGGUUCAAGUUCACCAAAACCGAACGUGCAGAGUAUAGUGCUCGGAAUUUUAGCCACGGUCUUUUCGGCCGUGCCGAACCGAUCCAAUAUCCGGAGGCACUACAUCGCGACCCGGUGCUACGGUUUUACAAGGGUUGCGAGAAAUGGAAGAAGCAGGUGAAGCAAAAUCCAUACUCGUACCGCGAGAUGGACCGUUUCGGUAGCUCCAAGCAAAUGAGAAGCGUGAUUGAGAAACUGUCGAAACGAAUCGGAACGUUCGUCAGCCCGGAAGAGGUACACGCCAUUUAUCAGACGUGUGCGUUUGAAACGGCCUGGAGCGAUCGGGACAUCUCACCGUGGUGUUUGCUGUUCGAUAAGGAGAGCAUUUCCACGAUGGAAUACAACGAAGAUCUGAAGUACUACUGGAUCGAUGGAUAUGGUUAUGAUUUAACGCAUCGGCAGGCAUGUUCCGCUUUUGCCGAUCUGUUCACCAAUUUCAACGACGAGAAUGGACCUCGUUUCACGUUCUACUUUACACAUUCGGGUACGCUUCUGAAAUCGAUCGCCUUUUUGAAUCUAUACAAAGACAACGAACCGCUGAGGGGGGAAAGCAUGCGCCACAAGCGAAAGUGGCGCGUCAGCCACAUCGAUGCGUUCGGAACCAAUCUUUACUUUGUGCUGUAUGGUUGCCCUGAUGGAACGCAAUCGAUCGCAUUAUACCACCAAGAGAGGCUUACCAAUAUACCAGGCUGCCCGGAAGAUGUGCCGCUUUGCAGUUACGAUCAUUUUAAACAAAUGUACGCCGACCGUAUUGAACAGUGUGAUUUGAGUGCGAUGUGUUACGAGCCGCAUGUGCCUAGCAGUGAAAAGGACGAAUUAUGAAACUAUGUUUAAAUAGUGAAUUUUAUUUAUUUUAUGCGCUAUUGUGCUUACUUUAAAUACAAAAUGACGCUUUUGUCUGCAGCUUGCGAAGCACGCAAUUUUGAAUCGAAUAAAUACAGCACACCGGCAAUGUUGUGGAAACAAAACAAUACACAA